CAGGUCGAGCUUUCUGCUUACCAAAGCGCACCGAGUUCCGCUCAGCCUCGCCAAUCGUGUUGCGCUGUGGUUCAGCACCAUUGCAGUGUGGAGAGAUCAUACGGAGGUGUAGCUCGCGGAGAGAGGGAUCAUUUGAAGGAAAGAUACUCGACCUGAGUGACUGCUCUGGGCAAACACGACCCCUAGCUACUUCACUGAUACAGUCACCGCGUGACAUUGCCAUUAGCAGCUUCAGUCCGGGUGACCCUCAGUGAUAGACAAAUGUGUGACACCGUGGAGAAUCAUUUGCCUCUCCCAGUGGAGAUCUGAGUUCUGGGACACUGAGGCAGCCGCGGGGGGGGUCUCUGAGGAAGAUGCUUGGUUCAGAGCGCGGUGUUGUUGAAGAAUGGCUCUCAGAAUUCAAGUCCUUACCAGAAACCCACAUCCCCAACUACGCCAGCAGCAUUCAUCUGAAGAAGUCCCUGGUGCAAGCACUCUACAGAGUCAUCCAGGACCCCAACAAUGAGCUGCUGGAGCCUGUGUGCCACCAACUCUUCGAGCUGUAUCGUAGCUCUGAUGAUCGCCUGCGCCGCUUCACCCUGCAGUUCCUGCCUGAGCUGGUGUGGGUAUAUCUGCGCAUCACAGCCAGCAGGGAUCGUCAGAGCAACGGGUGCAUCGAGGCCCUCCUCCUGGGCAUCUAUAACCUGGAGAUCGUGGACAAAGACGGCAACAGCAAGCUCCUCUCCUUCACAAUCCCAUCUCUGUCCAAGCCAUCGAUAUAUCAUGAGCCUUCUAGCCUGGGAUCCAUGGCACUGACAGAGGGGGCCCUCUGUCAACAUGACCUGAUCAGAGUGGUGUACAGCGGCCUCCACCCACAGAGAGAGACCUUCACAGCUCAGAACAGGUUUGAAGUGCUGUGUUUCCUCAUGCUCUGCUACAACUCUGCCGUGGUGUACAUGCCCCUAUCUUCCUAUCAGUCAGUAUGCAGAAUGAGCUCACGGCUGUGCGUAUGUGGCUUCCCCCGGCAGCAGCAGAAGCUUUGGAGGGAACCUUGCAACCGUGUGCUGUUGGACCCCGAGUUCAUGGUGCAGAUGCUGACUGCAGUUUAUCACGCCAUAUACAAUGGGGAGUGGGAGAUGGGGCAGGAAGCCCUGGAGGACAUUCUGUACAGAGCCCAGCUGGAGCUUUACUCCCAGCCUCUCUUGCUGGGGAACGCCAUGAAGAACUCGCUGCCAGACAGGGCUCCCGAUGAGCCGCGGGGGCGCAAGGUGCUCCAGGUGGAGGUGACACCCACCAUUAGCCGCAUUUCUAUCUCAGCCAUCACCACCGCCUCCAUACGACGCCACCGCUGGAAGAGAGAGGAUUGUUUUGACUACUCAACCGGUGCAGACUUGAGCCUCAUCGUCAAUCCUCCUAGCCUCGCCCAGCACCACCACACUCCCUGGGACCCCGCAGCCAAAGAGGAGAGAGAAGGGCGGCCUCACAGCCACCACAGCAGCAGCAGCAGCAGCAUCAUCCCCCCCAUCACAUUUGAGGAUGCUGAUGGUAUGAGCGGCGGGGAAGAUUCCUUCAACGUCAACGACCCAGACGAGGGUUUCUCCUCCGGGGCAUCUAACAGCAGCCAGCCCAGUGGCACCAAGGCGGGCGGCAGUGUGGGGCCGCGGGGCGGCAGCCUGAACAGCAGCAGCAGCAGCAUCAAGAAAGCCAUCACGGCCCGGCUGUCUCGGGACAAAGAGAGAGAGCGGGAGAAGGAGCGGGAGAAGGAGCGGGAGAAGGAGCGGGAGAAGGAGCGGGAGAAGGAGAGGGAGAGGGAGCGGGAAGCCGAGAAACAGGCAGAUUUGUUAGCGGAUCACCAGGCUGUUGUGAGGCGGCACCACCAGAGGCACCAAUCGCCUCCAGCCAGCAUCACAUUGGAUGCCAUCCAGCUGAGCCCCAUAAAGAAGCACCUGAGCUUCCCUACGGGGCCCAUGCUGGUGCGGACUGGCAGCACCUCCUCCAGCAAGUCCUUUGACUGCAUGAAUUUCAACCUGAAUGGAGGCGAUGAUGAGCGAGAGAAGGCGGCAGGGGGCUCUGACAAGGAAGGAGGGCUUCCAGCAGGCGGCUCCCACCGCCACUCCACCAUUAGCCUGAAGGAGGAGCACCUCAUCAGGCCAGAGGACGCCCAGGAUCUCCUGUCUCCUGGAGCUCCUCUCACCAAGCAGUCCCGCUCCCCCAGCUUCAACAUGCAGAUCAUAUCACAGGUCUAACUACAGCGCAGGACAUGGGACACACACACACACACACACACACACACACACACACACACACACACACACACACACACACACACACACACAGAACACCUGUUCAUAACACUCAUCCUCAUGCAGUUUUUCUCUGCGACUCUUUACAACCCUAUUAUGAAAAUGUUUGUCUACCUAUACUGUAUGUGUUGGUGUGUGUAUGUGUGCGUGUGUGUGUGCUAAAUAGUUGUGUCUCCACCCUUUUAACUUCCAUUACAAUCGUGACCUGCAGUCGUUGCUGGUGGGUUUAGCCUUACUGAAAAUGGAACAAGAGAAAAGUAGGAAGUGAUGACUGCCCAUUGCUGUUACUACAGUCCAGCAUGUCACUGCAUCCUCCGUCUAACCCAGCUGAGCAUUCCACACAAACUCCUCAAAAGAAGGAAGUGUUGAAAGAAAACUUGUAAGGAUAUAUAUAUAUAUAUAUAUAUAUAUAUAUAUAUAUAUAUAUAUAUAUAAAUAAAUAACAUUUCAGAUUUUUUGAGUUCCUGACUGAAUCAGUCGACAAUGAAUCAGCAAUAACACUUACCGUCGCUCCAUGUAGAGAAGAGUGGGGAUUAUUGCUUUUUUUCAUUCCUUCCCUUUUCAUUCCCCGGGCUCACGUGCAAUCGUUCUUGCUGAUUAUCUUCCUUGUUAAUUGCUUCUUUUUUUAAGUAGGCAUAAAUGGUUUUAAAUGAAUAAAAUUCCUUUUUAAAUGUUUUUUUUUUUUUUUUUAAUUAAAUCACAACCCAAAUAAGGUAGCAUUUGUUCUUUACUUGUUUGACAGUUAUUUGGCAGAAAUCAGACAGAUCCAACAGUUUAUUAUCUAGUCUUCAGCCCACGAACUUCCUUUUAUUCUGUAAUUAUAAUAGUCUCAUUUGAUCUAUAAAAUCUGACUUUUAAGAUUGUUGUCAAACCAAACUGGAAUGUGGUAAGGGUUUGUCUUGCCCCAAGCUUUUAACUGGACAAAUCUAAAGAAAUCCGUACUGUGCAGCUACAAGAGGAAUGAAUUCAUCUUGUGACUUCAAAUCUGAAGCUUAAUCUUGUGGAAGAAGUGGAUGAAAACAUUGUUGACAGUGCAGCUUUGGGUCUGAAGCUGAAAGGCAAUGACUGUAUUUUAUAUUGGAUUGUUAUUAUGGUUCAGACCAUUGAAUGGGUGCUUCCAUCCCAACGCAGUUGUCAGUGUGUUUGUCAGGCUCUGGCUUGUGUGCGGUGUCAUGUCUGAGCCGGUGACAUACUGCCCUCUGGAGGCUCGUAUUAGUCACUGCGCUUUCAGCAGUCACCAUGACGAUGGUCUCGCGCUUUGCACUCUGAUUGGAUGACCAUGAAACAUUUUGUUCUACCUCAUUGUGUGUUCACCCUGCCACUCAGACGCCUGUCUCCCAAUCACACGCAGGAUUUAAAGAUCCCCUUAGGUUUUAAACUGGGGGAGUAAAUAGUGGGGACCAAACUGGUUUCACGCUGCAACUGUAAUGACACUGUAAAAUCUGUGCGUUCACGUGAGGAGUUUUGACUGAAUAUCUCGGCCUUGCGUUUCAGUUUAAUCACACCAUGCACAAAACCUAGCUGCAAAACAAGAACACAACGGUCUUCAGGUUUUCUGUCAUAUAUCAAACAACCACAUCAGGAUUAACUUGAUUAUUUGAAUUCCCUAGAAAUGUCCUGCUGAUCUUUUUUUUUAUUUUUUUUUUGUCAUUUUUGAAGUGCAAUUUUUUUUAUUCUCAUGUGCAUGGAGUUGGAUCUUCUCUGCUGUUAAAUGCCUGCAUCUGCCUGCACAGUGCUAGCUAGCCUUCUGUAGUGCUCCCUGCCCAGGCUGAGUGAUUUGAACAUGGCGUGCUUGUCUGCAUGUUUAGUGCCCUGCAAAGCACUGCUGUUUCAGAUGCGUGAAACAGCCAGCGAGCCAAACCCAAGUCUCGUCCUCGUCUUUGCCAGAUGUGCCAAUACACAUCCUCUCCUUAAGGAAAUCUAUGUUUUGCUUGGAUGUCUUAAGUUAAAAUGAUUAUUGCGUGUUCCGUUGACUGGUCUUAUUUCAAAGUUAAGGGACAAAGAAAAAGGGAUGUUUGGACUUACGGCUCUGCGUGCCCUUAGCUCUACCUAUUUUGAUAUGAAUAUUCUUUUCACUCAUCACAGGUGUGUGCGACACACUGGACUUUCACUGUCAUCCCUAUUUGCUGUUCACAUGUAAAAGCAGUAUAUUAUGCGUCUGUGUACCGUAGAUGUCAGCUGUUGUAUUGCAUUUCCCAUGUCUUGCUCAAGUGCUUAUUUAAAAUAAGGAUGAAUGAUUAAUGUAUAUAGACAAGUCAGUUCAGUCCGCAGUGAAAAAUCCCACACACUCAUGCUCCCGCUGUGCUGGAAACCUUCACAGCUGCUGCUCCUGGUCCUGAGUGAGUCCUGUGUGCGCUUUAGCCUUAAACAUUUCAGGCCAAAAAGCCUUGAUCGUCAGCUCUUUGGGCUCCCAUGCUCCUCCUGGACUGGACUGUGUAAGAAGAAGAGGAGAGGAGGGCAGCUACAGUUCACACUCUCCCCUGCUCUGUCUGCUAUCAUCCCUGUGCUGUGUGGCUCACGAGCCGUGUUCCCAUUUGCUGUAUUUUACCGUGAGUUGAGUGGCACUUUUUUGCUGUUUUUAUAACUGGUGACGUGUUCAUGUCAUUAAUGAGUGCCCCUGACCAACGUUACCAGCAGCCAUGUUGGUUCUGUAGGUUGACUUAGAGUAACGGAUAGAGAAAUAUUCCUCAGUGUCUGAUUUGCAUGUUACCAGGGUGGGAAAUGAACACCAGCCAGUGACUGUUGAUACAACUGGACUAUGGCUGGAAAUUUGAUCUGCUGUUUAAUUUGGUAGUAUAAUGAGCCCUGAAAUCCACAUAAGGUCCACUUACAUUUCAAAAAAGGUUUAUAUAUAGGUGGUUAAUAAAAAAAAGAAAAAAAAAAGGUUCAAUGUGUACUUGGUCAGCCACUGUCGCUGGUGGACAAAGUUCAUUUCCUGUCCUGCAUGUGAUAACUGUGGGCUUUGUUUUCAUACAGUAUAAUGCACUUUAAUCCAUCCACCUCUUUCCUCAAGAUAGUUAUUGAAAUGAUAUAUGUGCAAACGUGUAUACACUCAAUGCAGGGUUUUAGUCUCUUUAAAGUAGUUCUAUGUGAUGUCACAUCCAACACAAUGCUAUUUUUGUUAAAGUCUAAGGGUACAGCUGUUUAUUAUUUUUUUAUUUUCAAAACCAAAAAUAAAAUAUUAAGGGGUCUGGAAGGUCUCAGGAGUUUAUUAAAAAGCCACAUAAAAAAAAAUAUAUAUAUAUUUAAAAAAAAUGGCAGCACCAAAAUUUCUGUUCUUGAAGUCAGAAUUGAUUCUAUGCAACAUUUUUUCCCCUUUUUUGUUUUUGGUGUUACCGGCUUUCAUUGAUCCGUGUCGGGUGAGACGAGCAGAUGCAUUUAAGAUGAUUUUUUUAAAUUGCAAGUGCUCAAUAGCUUCCCCAUUCAGUAAUUCAGAGUGAAGGACCUCUCAUGUGGGUGAAGAAGACCAUCUAAUUUUCAUCCGACUGCGCUCACAAAGAGAACGCUGCACUGGGACUUUUGGUGCAGGCCGGGCCCUUCUGUGAGUUCGCUGCUCUGUGGCUCAAAGACGUCAGUUGGUGUAUGAGAUAUAGACAGAUUAUCAAUGAUGAAUCUAAUCUAGAUGCUCCGAGGAAAGCUGCUGGACGAUGUGAUAACACUGUACUAUUGAUGUUAUAUAAAUGGAGAAAAAGACUUAUUUUAAAUCUUGUAAAUAUAAAAUGUACAAAGGUGAAAGCAAGAUAAAUAUAACAAACUGAAGAUCAGCCUGAGAUGUAGAGAGAAAUUAAUCUGUAUAUUGUUGAAUAAAUAUUGUGCCGUAAGGGA